AUGUGGCCCAAGCUGAAAUCUUCUCUAACAGGGACAGGUGAAUAUUCCAGAGAACAAGUUAGUAGCGUGCGCAACAAGUUAAACGUUAAUGAGGAAUACACGGAAGCCUUCAGAACCAAUUCUUACAAAGAAAUAAGGAGCAAAGUUCAGCAAGGCCAGCCCAGAAGAACAUCAAAUCUCUGCGAUCACGUCCUGGAACCUCGGCAAGAGGUCCUAAUGGACAUGAUCGAGAGUUCUUGCUCUGGAACCGAUCACAAACUCUGUUUCCUUCUCAUGGACUACUUCGAAUGCAGCUUAGAAGCAUUCAAGAUUUGUGGUUUCCUUCUCCAGAACAUAGAUCAAACGCGUAUAGAUUAUUCCAAGAUUCAAAAAAUCAUCUAUUUAUCAAAAAGUUUAGAAAUAAACAAUUGCAGCAACGAUCAAUGUGGAAUCAUAUUCCGGGAGCUAUCUUCGUUUGCGAAGCUUGCAAAUCCUCUCCCAAGCUCGAGCCUGGUUCAAUUCCAUUUAAUCCACAAUAAAUAUGAACUGAUUCUUCACCAAUUAACAGUGACACGUGAAAAGAUCAAGAGGAGAGAGAAAUUGAUUCGUUUCUGCAAGAAGCUUGGAGGAAUUAGCCUCGUCAUAACUUGCACAACGCUUACAUUGGCGACACUGAUCCUGGCGGCUCACACAAUCGUCGGCAUUGCGGCGUCGCCGGCUGUAAUCACUGUUUCAUUGGGGUUUUUGAAGAGAAAGAUGAAGUCAAUUCGAAUGGCGAUCAACGCGAGUGUGCUUUACAGAGUAGGAGCACAGCUUGAUGCAGCAGCGAGAGGGGUUUUUAUAUUGAACAGGGAUUUUGACACGAUGAAUCGAAUAGUGAUAAGGUUGCAGGACGAGAUAGAUCACGGGAAGGAGAUUGCUAAGAUAUGUGUGAGGAGCCAAAAUAAGGAGAUGUUAAUGGAGAUAGUGAGAGAGUUUAAGAUGAAUGAGUCUGGUUUCUUGGAGCAGCUAGAAGAGCUGGAGGAGCAUGUGUAUUUGUGUUUUCUUACCAUUAAUAGAGCUAGAAGACUUAUUUUACAGGAAAUAAUGGUGCACCCACAAGGAAACGGUUGA